GGAAGUGACGUUCUCCAUAGCAACAAAACUUGGUUACGGCAUUAUUUGGGAUUGGGUGCAUUGAGUAGAUUUAUUUAGUAAAGAUUAGUGUUCAAACCGCAACAAAUAAUGGCUUGUAACGAGGAACAAGAGAAGGUACAGAAAAUGGGACCAGGUGGCGUACCCGAGGGAUCUCAGACUGCUGCAUUCUACAGAACAGACAACAUCCCUACACGCUUUGAUAACCCAGACUGGUUCCAGGGAUACGGAGGUAAAGAUCAACACCCUAUGUACAGGACUACCUCCUGUACUUACGGAGCCAAGCCACCCUCUGUUCACACCAUGCCAACCUCAUUUCACUGCAGAUCACAAAAGUUCUCGGAGCAUCUUGGCAAAUGCGGAAUGUACAGAAACCACUCCCUCAACACCAACUCGGACAUCAGUCGUGUGUAGCCUUACCCGGCAACAAAAUACGAAUCACAUGUAGAUUGAACUGUAUGGAUUUUACACAACUUAACCACCUACUGGACGGAAACAUACAAUAUUAUAAAGAAACACAACCAUUUGAAAGGAAUUAAAAAUUCAGACUUUUUAUAAGUUGAAAGUAUUUGUUAAGAAGUAGAGGUUAGAUAAGGCUAAGGUCUAGGACACUUUACAAAACAACUCAAUAGAAUACCACUGAUGUGUCGAGGUUUAUAAUUUGCCUUUGUUACUGUGAACAUGAAAUGUAUGAAGAGUGUUAGGUUUGAAUGAAGCUAGGUUCUCUUGCUCUGACUUUAAGCUGUAUGAUAGAAACACAAUCUGGAGGCUCUAAUGCCAUUUGUUAAGGGUAUGCAAAGCUACUACAGAUCUUUCAUGUAAAUACCAAUAGAAGUUUGAAUAACAGACAAUAUGAAAUAUCUAGGAGUGGAGCACUUUACAGUCUUAAAUCAGCAAUUUAGAACUAUGGUCAAAAUGUCAGAAAGAAUUUGUUAUAUUUGUGACACAAACACAUUUAAGUAUAUAUUUAAUUCUUCUCAUUUCUAUUUGUACAUAAAAAGCUCUAUACAGUUUUGUUUUAUAAAAUGUCAUGGCUUUUAUCAUGCAACCUAUGAAUAAAUAUAUAUGUGGAAAAUAUA